AAAGCGAAGACUAACCUUUGGCUAUCUUGCAGGUCAAAAUUAAAGAAAAAAGUGCCAUGGCGAUUCUUUCGCGGAAAUGUUGAAGACGCGGAGGUAGGAAAGGUCUAAAAAAAUUAAAAUAUACUUAAAUUAACGCGUCUGAUGUUGAAAAAUGAAGUGGAUGGAACCAACCAGGGGGAAACUACCGCCCAACUAUGGGGUAUUAAUUAAUGUUGCCUUUUUUUUUUCUUUUCCUUUUUUUCCUUUAUAUGUGGACGAUGAUCAAGAAUUAAUUUGUAAGAGAAGAAACCACUUUGAUUCACCAUAUGGCGAUUUCUUUGUCACGCUUGCAAGAUUUGCUGGAUUCGAAUGGAAGGAUUUUGAUGCAGAUGGUUCUGUUGUUUUAUCCGGCAGUCACAGUGCCUUCUAUUGUCCGGACAAUACUCCUGUUCAAUUGGGUUAUAGAGAAGGUGAAUCAUCAAAUCAAAUGCCUUCAGAGUUGGAUUGUUGUGGUGAUGAGCAAAAUACAGGAAGCUCUCAUGUUGUUUUGGCAGUCAACAAUCAGGCCUCUACUGGAUCCUAUUGUUGAGAAGAUGAACAGUCUGUCAGAAGCUCUCAAGAUGUAUCUCACCAAUGAUGCGGUAAUGGGUCAACCAACGGUCAAGCUGAUCUGUAAAUUUGCCCUAUUAUCUGCAAAAAUUCUUUCGCAAGAUUCAGAGUUACGUCUUAAAUAUGAUAAAAGUGGGAAAAUAACGGCGUGUUUCGCCCGCCCUUGCUUAUUCUUGGUAGCAUUUUCAGAGUCUUAUGGUAAAAAACUCAAAAUACUUUAUCGAAGGUGGGGCUGCACAGCAAAUUCAACAUCAAACUUCACCUGGUUUAUUCUAGCGCUUCCCUUUCAAACAUACUAUGGUAAUUCCUUAAAGAGCCUCGGUGUUGCAUUCUGCCUGACAAUUUUUAAUCUAAGUCUUUCGGUGGUAUUACGGUUACCUACAGACUUCGGGUUCUUUGGUUUCAUCAUAGGAGUUGUUGGAUCCAUCACUUACAGUCGCUUCGGAUUGAACUUUCCCACUUGGAUAGUCGCUUGCAUUUGUUAUCUUAUAUUCUGUUUAAAGAGCUGGUUGGAGAAGCACUGGUUGGAUUUUGAAGAAGAUCUGCCAUUACCGUCUACAUGUACCAUUGGAAGCGCCUGCUUGAUUAGGCGUAUCCCACAAUCGAUCCUUUUUCUCGCCUUGUCAUGUGCUCGCGAUGAUAUUCGACCACAACUACUUCAGCGUAUCAGUUGGUACAUCAAGGUAAUUCUUUGCGGCAUAUGGGGCGCGGAUGGUCUCAGAAGGGGCGCACCUAAAGAUGAUCGUUUACCACCUUACACCAGGUUUACCCGUGGAACUCAUUAUGCGUACUAUAGAUUUAUGAUUUGUUCGUUGGCUUUAGAUUUCUUAUAUGUUUUGGGAAUUUCUGUUUCCACUUAUGUCCACUGGCCGAGUAUAACCGCGAUGGUGUCAGCUGAGAUGUGUUUUUAUGCGUGUAGGUAUAUGGGUCAUAUUUGAUAUCUAACUUGAAAAUUUUAAUGGCGUCUGAUGGCUUACUUUCUGUCGUGGUUCGAGUGUUUUAAUUUGGUUCAUUUUUAUUGUUUGCUUUGAUACUUUUGUAUCAUUGGAUGGCUCUGAUAUAGGAACAGGCAUUAAAUUUUUUAUACCUUUUGAAUUGUGUUUUAAGUGUUUGGUUUAGUGCAGCCAUUUUCAUGAAAUAUUAGACCUGUGUCUCAAGUGUUAGUGUUUGAUUCAUUUUUUUCUUGAUUACAGCCUUUUACUUGUGCAAUUCAUAUGCAUAAUCAAUUAAAACAAACUUG